CGGCGGCUGUCACGGGGCGCGCCGGGCGGCGCUGAGCGGGGGCGGCGCUGAGCGGGGCCCCGCGGCUUCCCCCCUCGGCCUGGCCGCGAUCGCCCGCCGGCAUCCGGGCUGCGGCACCAUGUUCAGGCGGAUUCUGCAGCGGACUCCAGGUAGAGGUGGGUCUCAGAGCUCGGAUUCGGAUUCAUCUGCCACACCAGGAAAUGCCGUGGAUGUGAACAGUGAAGGUUCCUCUGAGGGCUUCAUCUGUCCACUCUGUAUGAAAGUGUGUGUAACUUCCACUGAUCUGUCUGAACAUUACCAGAAUGAGCACACUGGGACAGAAGGAAGACAGGAGCUCCGUGACCUCCCAGCUGUUACUGGUUUUAUUUGUCCUCUGUGUAUGAAGUCUCAUGGAUCAGCCGAGGAGCUGUUCAAGCACUAUGAAGCAAUUCAUAAUUCUGGCAUUGAUUCAACUCAUGGAGGGGAAGGUCAUCUGUCACCAGAAAGAGAUGAAGUAUCACUGCUCCGACAAGAAGUCCAAGACUUGCAAGCUUCGCUGAAGGAGGAGAGGUGGUAUUCAGAAGAGCUGAAGAAAGAACUAGAGAAAUUGCAGGGGCAGCAGCAGCAACAUUCUAAGUCUGAUGGAUUGACAACGGCUACAUCUACAGAAUCAUUGGAACGACAACUAGAAGAAAUACAAGUAGAAAAUUUUAACAUUAAGCAAAUGAAAGACUUAUUUGAGCAAAAAGCAGCACAACUGUCCACUGAAAUUGUGGAUCUUAAAUCGAAGUAUGAUGAAGAAAUCAGUCUUCGGGAAGGUGCAGAACAGAAAGUGACAAACCUGACACAAGAACUGCAGAAGGAGAGAAAUACAGUGGAAUACCUAAAGACAGAGCUGCUACAAAGACCUGGUGUGGAAGACGUGGCCGUCCUGAAAAAGGAGCUGGUCCAAGUUCAGACACUGAUGGACAAAAUGACGCUGGAACGUGAGAGAGAAUCUGAAAAGCUUAAAGACGAGUGCAAGCAUUUGCAGGCAGAGCAGGCUAAUUCAGAGGCUACCAUUAACCAGUUAAGAGCUGAACUUGCCAAAGGACCACAGGAGGUAGCUGUGUAUGUUCAGGAGCUGCAAAAACUUCAAAGUUCAGUGAAAGAGCUAGAACAGAAAAACCAGAGUCUUACUGAGAAGCUGCUGAAGAAAGAGCAGGACUACACUCGGCUAGAAGAAAAGCACAAUGAAGUGUCUAUGAGUAAGAAAAAUGUGCAGGCGAGCUUUCAUCAGAAGGACCUGGACUGCCAACAGCUUCAGGCAAAGCUGUCUGCGUCUGAAGCCUCGAUACAGAGAUUACAGACUGAGCUAGGUGAGAAGGGAGAAGCAAGCCACAAACUUAAAGAAGAGUUGUCCGAAGUAGAGACAAAAUACCAGCAUCUCAAAGCAGAAUGUAAACAACUCCAGCAGCAGAGGGAGGAAAAGGAGCAGCAUGGCCUGCAGCUCCAAAGUGAGCUCAGUCAGUUGCACAGUAAACUUCUAGAAACAGAGCGCCAGUUGGGGGAAGCGCAUGGGCGGCUCAAGGAACAGAGGCAGCUGUCUAGUGAGAAACUGAUGGACAAAGAGCAGCAGGUUGCUGAUCUGCAAUUAAAACUUUCACGUGCUGAAGAGCAGCUAAAGGAAAAAGCAGCAAAUUCCACAGAAUUGCAACAUCAAUUAGAUAAAGCAAAACAGCAGCACCAGGAGCAGCAGACCCUUCAGCAAAAUACUACGGCAAAACUGCGAGAAGCUCAGAAUGACUUGGAGCAAGUGCUACGCCAAAUUGGAGAUAAGGACCAAAAAAUUCAAAAUCUUGAGGCUUUGCUUCAAAAAAGCAAAGAAAACAUCUCUUUGCUAGAAAAGGAAAGGGAAGACUUGUAUGCAAAAAUUCAAGCUGGUGAAGGAGAAACUGCCGUUCUUAACCAGCUUCAAGAGAAAAACCAUGCAUUGCAAAUACAGGUAACUCAGCUGACAGAGAAGCUGAAGAAUCAGUCAGAAAGUCAUAAACAAGCCCAAGAGAAUUUGCAUGAGCAAGUGCAGGAGCAAAAGGCACAUCUAAGAGCUGCUCAGGACCGUGUGCUCUCCCUGGAAGCAAAUGUCACUGAACUAACCAGUCAGCUAAAUGAAAGUAAAGAGAAAGUUUCACAGCUUGACGUACAGGUAAAAGCGAAGACUGAAUUACUGCUUUCAGCAGAAGCAUCGAAAGCUGCUCAAAGAGCGGAUCUUCAGAAUCAUCUGGACACUGCCCAGCAUGCGCUGCAAGAUAAGCAACAGGAGUUAAAUAAGGUCAGUGUUCAGUUGGAUCAGGUUACAGCUAAGCUGAAUGAGAAGCAGGAAUACUGUGCUCAGCUGGAAGCCAAUCUUAAAGAGUACAAAGAGAAACGUCUUUAUUUAGAACAGAAAACUGAAGAGCUAGAGGGGCAGCUUAAGAAACUUGAAGCUGAUGUUCUUGAUGCUAAAGCAAGCAAAGAACAAACUCUUCAGGAGUUACAGCAGCAGCGACAACAAUCUACAGAAUUAGACCUCCGAACAGCAGAACUGAGUAAACAACUUGAAGCAGCAAGAGAAACGAUAUCUAGUGCCAAAUUGGAUUUACAGAACAAAUCUGAGGCCCUUGAGAAAGCGAAACAGCAAAUUUCGAAGCAGGAGGAGGAAAAGGCCAUCCUUAAACAAAACCUGGAGAAAUCAAAUCAAGAUACAAUCAAACAACUCAAGGAAUUAGAUUGUAAAAUGCAAGCAGCAACAGCAGAGCUGCAACAAACGAAAUUAGAAAAGGAUACCUUAUUUAAAGACCUUACAGCUACCAAAGACAAGCUCUCAAAAAAUUCUGAAUCCUUCAAAAAAAGAAAGGAUGAAUUAGAAAAAGAAAUCCAAAAAGGAAAAGCAGCUGUGGCAGAAAUGGAAAAAUCUUGCCAAGAACUAAAGCAUCAACUCCAGUUACAAACAGAGUCUGUAGCUAAAGAGAGGAAUGAAUUGAAAAACUCACUGGAAAAAAAAGAGGGGAUUUCUAAGCAAUUGUCGAUAGAACUUGAUUCAGCACGAGCGCAAGUACUGGAAAUUCAGAGUCUUCUGAAAGAGAAAGAGAAAAGUGAGCAACAUCUCCAGGGAAAGCUGAGAGAUUUAAAGGAAUCUUUUGAGCAGAAGAAAAAACAUAGUGAGACGCUGCAAGCUGAAUUAAAAACUGCCCUUUUAGAAAAGGCAGAACUGGAGAAUAAACUGCAACAGCAGUCUAUUUUGUCAGCACAGGAGCUUAAAGCAGAGAAAGCCAAGCUAGCAGACUUACAGAAGACCUAUGAAAAGCAUAAAGAAAACAUGGAGAAGCUGCAGCUGGACCUGUAUGGGAAAGAAUCUGAGCUGCUGGCGACCAGGCAAGACCUUAAGUCCACAGAAGAAAAACUUGCUCUAGCUCAAGAAGAAUUAGUUUCCAGCAGAAAUCGAAUUGCUGGCAAUAAUCAGCAGAUUCAGGAACUUAAGAAAGCAAAGUUGACACUGGAGCAGGAUGCAUCAAAGAAGGAGCAACAACUGGGCGAGAAGACCAAAAUGUUACAGGAUCUUCAGAAUGACAGGAUUUUGAAAGAAAAAGACUUGGCUAAUGAAAAAUGUAGAACAACAGAGCUCCAGGAAAUAAGGAAUAGACUUGAAAAAGAAAGUGCCAGGCUGGGUGAGGAGCUCAGAGCCUGCAAGCAAGAAUUUGAGAAGGAGGUGGCAAAUCUCAAGGAUGCAAAACAGCUGUUGAUACAACAGAAAUUAGAACUGCAGAGCAAAAUAGAUCAUAUGAAUUCAGCUCUGGAGCAGGAGAAGAAAACCCACCAAGCUGUCAAAGAUCAGCUGAAAAAGAGAGAAGAGGAGCUGAAGAAAGAAUGUGCUGAAAUUGAAGCUAAACUGCACUCAGAGAAAAAAGAUAAAGAAGAAGAAAGCCGGAAACAUGAGGAAAAGGAGAACAAGCUCACCAUGCAGGUCACAGCUCUGAAUGAAAACCUGGCUACCAUGAAGAAAGAGUGGCAAAGCAGUCAGAGGCGAGUGAGUGAGCUGGAGAAACAAACAGACGAUUUACGUGGGGACAUUGCUGUCCUGGAAGCAACAGUGCAGAAUAAUCAGGAUGAGAGAAGAGCAUUGCUGGAGAGGUGUAUAAAAAGUGAGGGAGAAAUUGAAAAGCUUCAAGCCAAACUUGUAGAAAUGAAGAAAAAGCUGGACAACACUACUGCUGCAAUGCAGGAACUUGGCCGGGAAAAUCAGUCAUUACAGAUCAAACACACACAAGCUCUCAACAGGAAGUGGGCAGAAGACAACGAUGUACAAAAUUGUAUGGCCUGUGGAAAAGGCUUUUCGGUGACAGUGAGAAGGCACCACUGUAGACAGUGUGGAAAUAUCUUUUGUGCCGAAUGCUCAGCAAAGAAUGCCUUAACUCCUUCUUCUAAGAAGCCUGUCCGGGUCUGUGAUACAUGCUUUAAUGACUUGCAAGGAUAACUGGCUAUUGUGAGUGACAAAGAAAUGUUACACUAAAAUCUAUAAUUUCUGUUGAUGCACUUCGUUCAGCACUCAGACUACUAUUCAGUUGGACAAUGAUUGUAACACUUGGCAAAAUUUAGUAUAUUUUAAAAUGUUUAUUGAUACCAAGUAAAACUAUUGUAUUUUUUGUGAGACAUGGGGUCAGAUCAUCCAUAGCUUAUCACCAUUUUCCUGGAAAGAGCUUCUAUGUCUAGAUUAGAAAUACCCAGUGAUUUGUAAAUAAAGUUUAAACAGAGGAGUAAAAAUGUAUUUUUUUAUCUUUUAUUUUUUUGUUCAAGAGAAACAGCGUUUAUGUGAUAUUGCAGUUUAUUCUUGUUUCCUUCAAAGAAAAAAGAAAAUGCAAAAGUUUGUGAGGAUUUUAUGUAUCAAAUGUUGCUAUAAAAACAUAACUGAUUGUUACAUUUGAUUGUACAUCUGAUGUUCUUUAUAAUCCCUUGUGAUUUUGGUUUCUUUCUAACUCUCUGUUUCUUGGACUUUUCUCUCUAAAGUCCAAAUUCCACAGUGAGGGUAGUGGCUGGACUCCAAGUCAGUUUUAUUUGCCAACUUACAACUUUUUGUAGUAUCAGCACCCGAGUCCCCAUCCAACAAGAGUGCUUGGAUAUGUAACAUCUUUACGCAUGACGUAUUGCAGUGUGCAUGUGUGUGUCUGAGAGAAAGUGUAAACAAAUGUAGGCACUGUUUAGCUGGCAUUGUAGGAAUAUCACAAUACGUUACAAUACUCCAUCCCUUAUUGAUUGAUUUCACUUUUACAUAUUCAGUGGAUAGAUUUUAAUAUUCUAGAUACCUUUAUAUGUGGGCUUUAAAAAGCAAACAUACAAUACUGUUAGUAGCCUGUAGCACCUCUCUCCCCCUAUGCAUACCCUGGAAUCUCUGAGAGGUCCUUGUUGUUCUACAGGACAUCCAGACCUUCCACGCUGGGUAUCCUGCUUAAAAAAGUCUUUUUUUUUGAGACUGCUGCAGUUUAUAUGACCUUUUCUUCUAUUCCUUCCCUCAGCUUUUGCUGGAAGAAGCUGAACUCCUGCUGAAUCUAACAAACGUCAGUUUUCCAUUGCUUCAUCUGAUCCCUGUUACUGGGAUGGGGUCUUAAAUAUUAUGUUAGUUCAUAUGAUUUAGUCUGCCUAGAAUGAUGGUGUGAUUCUCCUGCUACUGGCUUAAUUAUAAGCCAAAUAGCUCUAAAUAAGAGGCCAAUAUAUGUGUCUUUAGAUAUUUAUUCUUAUUUUGUUUUCUGUAUUUGCAGCAGCGGUUCCUUGUAGAGUUCGUGUAGACUCCAAACUUCUUUUUUGUUGUGUUUUUAUUUACACCUGUUCAUGCUUGCCUGCCUGUCUCUAACUUUUCUUCCCUUUAUAUCUGGUAUUCAAAAAUGUUAAGGUUAUUUCUUCCGAGAGGGGAUUAUGCCUUCCAGUCUUUAGGAACCCUUUGUCUUAAAUACCCUACUAAAUUCAGCACACCCCAAGCCCUUCUGUGUCUUACAAAAUUACGCCAGCUGUUUAGAGAAAAGGACUGUGUCCUGAAUUCCUCUACUUCUUGCAUGAGGUAAGGAAUCAGAAUCUGUCUCAAUGAUGGAUAGUUAGCCAUCAUUAGACAGUUUUGUUUGCUUUCAUCUAUUGACAGCUCUAUAUGUGAAUGAAGAGGAAUCUGUUUGAUGAAAAAUAUCUAGGCCUGAUUAACUCUCAAGUGAAAAAACUUCUUAAUCCCUCUUCUCCAGAAGUAAUGAUCUGUCUAUUUCAUAUCCCUUCUUAGCUUGCGUGUCUAGUUCUACAUUUACUGCCUCAAGGAGUCUUUCUCAAGGAGUUUGUUAAAAUUAAAUUCUUAUUUCCCAGAAGCCAGCUGAAUUAUGGAAUCGGUUCUCCUCCCUGUAAAAGCGUGUGGGAUACAAGUGUGGUUUCUGUGAAAUAUAGGCUUGCUUUUCUGGUUCAAACCUGAGAAUUGCUUUCUUGAAAGAAAAAAUUGUUACGAUGAUUCCACAUGAACAGAGCCCCAGGACUCGCUUUUUCUCCUCAGCUGGGUAACUGUUUGGCAUAGGAAUCUUUUGAAUAGAAAAUACAAACAGUAUCUCUGCCUCUGGAAUUUUUUUUUCUACUUCUUUAUUUUUGAAAGAAUAUGAAGAGUUUGCUUUUGAGCCUUUCUUUAUCUGACACAUGACUUCAGAAAUGUGGCAAAGGUAGAGAUGUGACAGUUGUGCUCCAGCCCAGAUGUGCUCUGCCCUCUUGUGUAAUACAUGGAGCCUCCUGCUACUCUCAGGGCAAGGGAAGACCACAUGGAGCGGAAGAGAUUUUAAGAGGGAAUUAAAAUUCAGGGAAUCCUGACUUCAUGAAGGACACAAUGCAUGAGACAGGAAGAUGGAAAUCUCUCAGGGGGAACCAGGGUAAUUGUUAAAAGGACUCACUUGUGUUCAGGCAUUUUGCUUUUGAAUGGGAAUGUGUGAUGGCUGAGGAGAGAGCUUUGCAGUAAAGAGGAAGCUGUAGAAGGUCUAGUAGGGUUGUUCUCAAUUCAGUCUUUUGGGAUACCUUUGUGUAAAGACAAGCAGAGUCGCCUCACUCAGCUGUCUGCUGAAGCAGCAUGGUUGGUUUACCACAGAUCAGACCUCUAUCUAGAGCACCUUCAGGGGCAAAAACCAGUGCAGCUUCUGAAGGUUGCUUUCUGCUGACCAGUUUACAUGACCAACUUUUCAAGGGCUUGGAAAUGCUUUUUUUAAAUGGAUGCUUUUAGAAAGAGGGGUUGUUAAAAUCUAGAGGAACAAUGCUGGGCUAGAAGCUUUUAUGCUUGAGCCUUGAGUCUGCAGCAAUAGGUCAUGAUUUUUACAGCUUUUCACUGGAGUAAACUUAUGACUUCAUUGCUAAAUCUUAUGCUCCUUCGUUUGUGCUUGUGAUUCUGGGUGCUGGUCUGUAUUUGCUGACAAGUUGUUGGUAUAAUAGACCUUAUAAUGGUCUUAGCCUCACUGCCAGGUUGGAAGUUGAGCUCAGGCUCAGUAAAAUGACCUAUGAGAUACAUAGUAAGGGAAACUGGAGGAUUAAAAGUUUUUUAUUUACAAAUCUGCUUGCAGACUCUUACUGUUUUCAUGGGCAUGUUGGCCGUAGAAAUGUGGGGAUUUUGUUGCACUGCUUUAGCAUAUAAAUAAUAUGAAAACUUAGUAAAAAAGAUGGUAACUUUUACUGUACUGAGUUAAAGGAUUCCAUAGUAAGUAGUUCAAUGCACUGAUUUUUCAUACUGCAAACAGAGAAACAGAGGGAGAAAACAAUAAAAUGGGAGAAAGGACUAGAGCCUCCCAUGACACACAUAAUGUGCUUUAUUGGCCUCUAGCAAGAACCAGAGUGCUCUGAUUCCCUGAGGAGAGGCCAUUAUAGAAUAAGAAGUGGACCAAAAAAAAAUAGUAUAACCAGUGCUGGAACCAGUAGAUGUGUGAGAUCCUCAAGCUGACUUUGAUUGCCAGCCAUUACCAUAGCUUCAGGAAUGGGACAGUGAAGUGUGGGGUUUGUCACUGAAACUGUCCCUUCUGCAGGACACUCCAUCCACAUUCAGAGUUGCUGGUGAGCAGAAUGUGAGAGAUCGGCUGCUAUGUGGACUGACACAAGCUACAGAGGCAACUGGAAAAGUAUAAAAGAUAGUUAAGGGCAGGGAUAGGUACUUACUACUUCUUGGAGUUAUCGCCUCUCUUCUCAGUCAAACGAGUCAUUUCCUCCGAAAUACCAAAUCCUACUGUUCUACUCCAGCCUCAUGUCAGAAAUACAUACUCCAUACCUCCAUCCUGCAAUGCCUCUGGAGGGAGGUAGCAUUGCAGAGGUCAGUAGCAGGCAUUUGAUCCUAGCUGGCUGUGGUUCACUGUUAUUUCUUCUCUUUAUCUAUUCCUUCCCUCCAGUAAUCUUCCCUUUUCUGCAAAGGCUGAACAAAGAGGAUAAAAUUAAUGAGCCACAGUAGGAAAAGUUGCUGUCUGCAGAUGAAGAGACAAAAGGAAUUUUCUGCUGCAGCUUCCUACAGAGACAGAGGGUUUAGAGGGAUCUUGUUUUUUCAGCUGGCUUCACUCUCUGGCACGAGAGUCUAAGGCUCUAGGGUACAGUGGUUUUUUUCCCUGUUUUUAGAAGGUGUCAAGUAACCAAGUUGUCAUGGAGUGUGAAGCACUAGGUACAUAAGAACAACGAAUAAUGAUUUUUCUUGGAUUUAGGGCUAUUAAGAUUAUUUGUGAAUCCUCACUGGAAAAGCUUUCUUAGUGAAGCAAGAAGGAAUUUGGGAGCAGAAGGAUGAAGUAACCUUGCUGUGUUUGUAUUACAACAGCAAGAACAAUUGAGUCUCUCAGGCUAGACAUAAGAGAAGUGGCAUUCCUAAAGAAGGGACCUGGAAAACUCAAGUACUUUUCUGGGUUGUUAAAUGUCAGUUAAACAUGAAUUGGGAACAAAUGCUUGUUGCAAAGUUUAAAAAAUUCAGGACCAGUACUCAGUGGCAGACAGAAAACUGCUGGAGCUUAAUUUCAAACAGAAAAUAAAAUAUACUAAGAACAAUAAUACCAUGGCUUGUGUAUGUUAAAACUGAUAAAUUACUCCUCCAGGUACUGCUCCUCCCCGUCUCAUAUACUUGCAGGACUAGGAGACAACACUGUCGUUUGCACUAUGCACUUUUUGCUAACUGAAUAUAAUCUACAGUAAGUGGAAUGGCAUCGUUGGCAUUGCAUGUGUUAGCUGUAACCAAUGGACAGAAGGUUUAUCUUCAGCUGGACUUUUCACUGUAUUACAUUUGGCCACUUGCUAUGUAAGGAGAAUUGCACUCAUAAUUCCUUUGUACCAAAAAUGCCAUCAUCACCUGAGAGCACAUGUAACAACAAAAACAUGUAGUCGUGCACACAUUGCCUUUGUAUAGCUUCAUUUUAAGAUUAUAAAAUCAGAAAAUGUGAAUUUUAGGUAUUUCCAAGGGUCUUACCAGCUGUCUAGUUCUUAAUUUUUGAAGUCUUGACUUCAGUACCCCUUCUAGGAUAAUUUGUCCAACCACAGUCUCUCCAAAAAAGCUCUAAGUGAUGUACUUUACAAAACCAGCAAUAUUUGGAUAGUAAAGUUCCUCCAUAGCAACUCAGUUUUGGGGGUAUUUUGGGGGGCGGGGUUGUUCUAGUUUUUCUUUUUUUAAAAAAAUUCUUUUAAGGGGCAGUGAAUAAAGAAUUUUGCAUCUCUAGAUAGAAGAUUAGAUGCCACUCAAGGAUCACAAUAAUGGAGAAAAUAGGUACUAUUUAACAUAAUAAACUCUGCCUUUUAUCUGUAGUGUGCCGCAUACUAUGCACUCACUGUGCGGCAGAUACAGGAGUAUCUGCUCAUUUGAGGAUUACUGAAGCCCUGCUUACCCUUUUGGAUCAACAUUACUAUGAAAGCAGAAGCCUGGUAGGCAUGUUUUGCAAUUAUUCCUCCCCCUAUGACCUAAACUAAAACCAAAUUAAUCUAUAUUUCCUGCCUUUUUUUGGGUAAAGAGGGCUGGGAAAAUGUGUUUGUCAUAAUAUGUCAACAGGCCAGUGCUGGCAGGUCCAGGCUUCUGCUGUUGGCUUUAUGGCAAAGCACUCUAUUGUAUCACGCUAAAGCUUGAUACCUGGCACGAAAGGGGUGUUUGAAAGAAUGUCUUACUGGGUUAGCAAAUGCCAGAACUUUUUAUAGUAAUGUGUCCAAAAUGCUGCUUGUAUAGGAUUUGUCACUUUUGUAAGAAAAGAAAAAAAAGAAAAUCACACACAAAAAAAAAUCGUUAAACCCUACCAUUUGAUGCUGUUAUGUGAGAUUUUAUUUAAACUACCUCUCAGCGUGAAAUUCAAACAUUAGGUAAGUUUAAUACGGUUUGCUCACUCUCAUGUUAUGUAAAAGUUGUAGUGAAUGCCAAAAUUGCGAAAGUUUAUCACCACAAAGGAAAAAUGUUGUCUUUUUUUUAAAAUAUGUUUGAAAAUAUCCAAUAGUUUUAAGUUAUUGUAAACUUUGUUGUAUUCUUCCAACUUCUGUAGUUUCAAUCUUGCGAACUCUAGCUGCUGGACAGGAAAUAACUCAUAACCACAAGCUUCCAUAGUCGUGGUCUGCUGGGUAAAAACAGUUUUUGUAUGCAGCUUUGUCAUUUGGCUGUAAGAGCCUCAUUCACCAAAUGUACCGUUAAUUUAGUCAUCUUUUUUUUUCUUCUUCAGUACUUGAGAUGACAACUUGAUGAGUGGUAUUCUGUAAUGGAUGUGUGCCACAAAUUACAUUGUCUUGUUUGCCUCUUUUCUGAAUUUUAACGAUGUAUUGCAGAUGUGAAUAUUGCUCAUACAACUUAAUUUUUGUAUAAUUUUAUGAAAUAUGAAUGGAAAAAGUUUUACGUUCUUACCCCAUAUUUAGAGGUAAUGUAUUAUACUACCCUGAUGUUGAAGUUUUACCCACAGUUUUACUGCACUUCUUUUAAACUGGAUCAUAACAUCUUGGUAGAUGUAGAUAGAGUUUUUGCAUGCGUGUGCUUUGGUUUUGGUUCUUUUUAAUUGAAGUUCAAUUCUUUUAAGUUCUGUUUUCAGUAUUUGUUUUACUACUUGUGAUCAUGUAGGCGUGCCUUACAUUGUGAAAGAAUUUAGUCCAGCGUGCACUGUUAAUUCCUAAAUUCUGCAGUUUGGAAGGUGGCUGUGGAUUUGGAUGAGAAAAUGACACCACACAUCAACUGGUUCUGUAUAAACUAUGCUGAAAUGUUAUUGAAAUGUCAUUUUUGUUUUCUAACCUGUUAAAGGAAUGAUUAAUGACAAUAAAAAAAAUAAAUUAGA